AUGAAAUUAAUUUUACCAUCACCAUCAUCUAUUGAAUCUUCAUCUUUUAAAAAUAUUAAUAAUAAUUCUAUGAGAAUUUUAGAAUAUUCUCAAAACUCGACUGUUGAAUCAUUAAGAGAAAAUAAUUAUAAAUUAAAUUUUCAACGUCGAGUUAAUUGUAAUUUACAAACACCAAAUAAUUGUCAUAUAAUAAAUAAAAGUUUAGUUAUUUCAUUUUGGGGUGAAAAAUCUGGUAAAAAAUGGAUUGCAUUAAAUUUUCUUAAAAUAUUUCCAGAAAAAUCUUUUGAUUAUAUAAUUAUGAUCUAUGAUAAUUCAACAUGGAAUAAUCAUCCAAUAUAUGAAAAAGCUAUUUGGAUUUAUGUUAAAAAUCAAAUUCGUUAUUGGUAUAUUAAAAGAUUUCUUCCACCAUAUAUUAUUCAAGCAUAUCGUUAUAUAUGGAUUGUUGAUGAUGAUGCUCGAUUUGAUUUUAAUACUCAAGCAUAUGAAUGUGUUAUUAAUCAAUUUAAUAUUUUAUUAUCAGCUCCAGCUAGAUUAACUGGACCAAUUAGUUAUUUAUUUACUCGAAUAUCUCCACAUUAUACAUCAAAAAUUGGUCGAUGGACGGAUUUUGUUGAAACUGGCCCAUUAGUUAUUGCUAAUUCUUCUGCUUUUGCUUGUCUUUGGAAUUAUAUAAGCGAAAAAGUAAGUUUAGGUUAUGGUCUUGAUUUGAUCUGGUGUAAAAUUUUAAGUGCACAAUGCAAUUUUCAAGAGAAUACAGUUUUAAAAACAUGUGCAAUUUUGGAUACAUUUGCUGUGGAUCAUGAUGCUGUAGAAGUCAGUACUAUAGAUUUUGGAUCAGCAGAAUUGCCAGCCUAUAAUAAAUAUUAUCAAAAUUAUAAAACAGAAAGACAAAUCUUCGGAGCUAUUGCUAAGGAUUCAUCAAUAUUUGAUAUUUGCGCAGAAAAAUAUUCCACCAAUCAAUCGUUUAUUCUUUAA